GGAUUGCCGGAAGCUGGUAGCGUGCGUGCGCCUCGGGCCGCCGCCCCCGUUCCGGGUUUCCUUCCUUGCGCUGAGUCCGCUCGGAGUGUUGGAGGUGGGGGUAGGUUUGCGAGGGAAGGCGAAGGGGCCGAGAGCCGCCAGCCUAGUAAGGACCCCUGGCUGGGGGGCCGCUAGAGUCCUCACUUCUGAGCUACAACCAUUUUAUGAGGUGGGGUAUACAGCCUGGACAACCUCAGAGAAAAGAAAUUGAGGUGGAAACCAGAGUAUUGGCCUUGUGUUACGUAGCCAUACUGUUUGGUGAUAUUUUUAGUGGACCCUGAACCAGAUGAGUGAAUCAACAUCCCAAGAGGAAUCCAAACAUGCUCAGGAAAAUGAACAAGAGGACAAAGAAAAACAGGACUCAGCUGAAGUGCAAGAGCUUAUUGAGAGUUCACAGACUGUACCAGAGGUCUCUGCAACAGAGACCAGCAACCAUGUGGAGGAAGAUGCAAAAAAUGAAAUAAAAUCACAAGAAUUAAAUCUAGAGGAGCAGCUGAAAACCUUGAAAGGUUUGACAAUGGACUUGAACACUGAAGUCCCAGGGAAUAUGGUAAUUAGAAAACCUGGAAGAGUAACUUUUAAUUUAGAUGAAAUUAAACCGAAACCAAAGAUAGAGCAACCAUGGAAGAAAAAUCUUUUUGAAAGAGUAGAGGCAAGAGCCCAGGCAAUGCAGCAGAAAAUAGAUAAGGAUAAUCUGAAGAAAGAAUUAGAAAAAAAAUCUGAAAAAAAACUCCCUAGGGAUAAUUUGGCUAAAGAGUGGUUUAAUACUGAAAACACAGCACUGAGUACUCGUACGUAUUUGCUUGACAAACUUCUACCCACCUUAGUUCCUGGAAUGGAAAAAAUGUUAACGCAGCGAGAAAAGAAGCUUUUGACCAAAGCUGAUAGUCCAACCAAGUUUGAUUCAAUCAAUCAUUUGGGAGAAAGCUUAAUGAGAAAUAAUCCUAAUUAUAUCAAAGACCCUGGAAUGUCUGGAUACCAGAGGGUGAUGAGAGAUGUCACAGAAGACCUGAAGAUGUAUGUUCCGGACACUAUUUGUAACAGAGUAUCCAAGUUAAAGGAGGAUGUUAAACAGAAAAGACAACAAAGAGACUACCUACACACAGUCAAAGUCAAGGUGGCUGACAUGCGGAAACAGGCUUUGCAGGAACAGUUUGAUGAAUGGAUUCUAGACCCUAAAGGACUGAUUCCUAUAGCAGUGGUUCAAAAUGUUCUUCAUGAAUUUUUUCAAAAGUCAGAUUUUGAGCUUGAAUCACAUUGCAAACAACUGGAUAUUUCUGAUUCAAUGGGGCCAAGAUUGGAUAAAUCAGACUUCACAGAAUACAUCUCUUCAUUGGUUGCAGACCUUAAAAGUGAAAUUUUUGAGGAACUCCUUAAGCACCUUUGCCACUGUGCCAAUGAAUUCCGGGAGAUCAUAAAAACUGACAUGCAGAGACAGAUGUUUGAGGAACUUUUCCUACAUUGUGACCAUGGGAAGGUAGGGAUUUUGGAUCGGCAGAGGACAUUGGCCUUGCUGGAAGAGUUCUAUGACCAAAGUUCACAAAUGCUUAGGGCUUUACUCCGAAACCCAAGACAAUGGCCAUUCAUUGAGUUUGAAGAGAUAGAUAUGAUCGAGUUCUGGGGAGACAUGGAUAAUCAGAAACACAUUUAUGAAGACUUUGAUAAAGUGCUAUUAAAGAUGAAUGCAUUACUUUCUGAGAAACAUGAAAAUAAAGCCCAAAAUAAUUUAUUAGAAAAUCAAAAAGAUCAACCACGACAUGAUGAACAGAAAACAUCAACAGCACAACCACAUCCACCAAAACUGCAGAGGGGAAAGACUGCAGAUCUAGGAUCACAAAUAAUUUUAAAUGAAGAAGUCAGAGAACCAAGUACAGAGCAAAAAUUGUACAGAGAAGCAGUGAUAGAACAGGGAGUCAUCAUGGAGUCAAUUCUAGAACAAGGAUCAAGUAGAGAAUUAGAAGUAGAACAAAGACCUCAGAGAGGGUCAACUGCAGAGCAAGGGUCACACAAAGUAUCAAGUACAGAACAAAGAUCACACAGAGGGUCAACUGCAGAGCGAGGGUCUCCCAGAGAGUCAAUGAUGGAGCAAGAACCACAUAGAGAGUCAACUGCAGAGCAAGGGUCACGCAGAGACUCAAUGAUAGAACAAAGAUCACACAGAGGGUCAACUGCAGAGCGAGGGUCUCGCAGAGAGUCAAUGAUGGAGCAAGAACCACAUAGAGAGUCAACUGCAGAGCAAGGGUCAUACAAAGCAUCAACUGCAGAACAAAAAUCUCACAGAGGGUCAACUGCAGAGCAAGGGUCACGCAGAGACUCAAUGAUAGAACAAAGAUCACACAGAGGGUCAACUGCAGAGCAAGGGUCACGCAGAGAGUCAAUGAUAGACCCACACAAAGAGUCAGAACAAAAACUACAAAGAGAGACAACUUCAAAACAACAGGACAGAGACUCAACUUCACAAUCAGAAAAAGAAAUGGCAAGAAAAAAUGUUCAGAAAGACAAAUCCUGUGAACCCAAGUCUCCCCAAAUAGAAGGAAAGUCAUGGUCAGGUGAAUUUUUGUCUUGUAACUGGAGGAUGAAGUGUGUCAAAUUUGAAGAUGAGGAACAAGCAAACUUAAUCUAUGGUAACUCCAGGUUCACAGAAUUACACUCAAUUAUCAGAAAUAUUCAGUCUUACAAAGAAGUAAAAAGUAGGAGUGCCUUCAAUGGAAUUUCCUUUGAUCUGCUCCAGUUUGUGCAACUCCUAGAAACAUUUGUUGGUGAAGAUGCCCCCUUAAGUGCCAGUGAGACCCUCACCUCUUUUUUUAAGAGGGGCUAUGUUGAAACAAAAGAAGAGAAAAUGAAUGCCUUUGAACAGGUUAGACAAAAUGCUUUCAGAAUCCGACAGGGACUUCUCUUAAAAGCCCUCUUUCAGAAGUGGGACGGUGAUGGCUCAGGCUUUCUGGAUCUGGAGGAAGUUGAUAAACUCUUAUACACAUACAAGGAUGGAAUGGAAAAAAAAUCUAUGAAGAAAGCUAAACUACAUAUCCAGUUUCCAAAGCCACAUCCUGGUCAUGAAGUAAAGUUAUCGUCAAAACAGUUUCAGAGAUACAUAGAACUGGUUGUAUCUGAACUCACGGGUGAUGAAGAUCAAGUUCUGGAAAGCAUUGUGGAAUUUCUAAUGAACACUCUGGAGAAGAACCAAACUGAGAGUCUGAGGAAUUGUGCAAGAUGGAAAUGGCUGCAUCAAAUCCAACACGCUGCCGAGACAAGUGGAGUAUCUCUAGAGCCAGUGUACACUGAGACCUUCAAGGCUCUCACACUGGAUGCUAAAGCCCAUGGAAAUAAGAAGAUCAGUGCUCACAUUUCCCUCUUAGAAGAAAACCUACUUUUACCAGAGAGAGGGACUGUUCUAUUGAGGAAUGUGGCUUGUACCCUAGAUGACGCUCCAUUUGUAUUGAACAGAGUGCUCUAUCGGGACAUGAAGGGAAUCAGCUUUGCAGUAGUGGAUGAAGGGAAGCCAAUCCAUGUCCCCCAAGUUCAAUACCAUGGGAACAUCUUUUUCUGGAAUAAAUCCCACAAGAAUGAUUAUAAUGGGUCAUUCCUGGCUCUGCCUCUUCAGGAUGCAAAUAUGAGGAUCUUUGGGGUCCUGGCUGCUGACACUCUUAGAGAUCCCCAUGAAAUAAAUGUCUUUCUACCUCAUGAGAUCAGAUUCUAUCAGGGUGUUGCCAAUGUCUUCAGCAGUGCCUAUCACUAUGUUCACAGCAGGGAGCAUAUCCUGCAUGUUGUGGUCACUGGCAUCAGCUGGCUCUUCAAUAUCACAUCCAGCAUUUCCUCCAUCACUACCUACUUUGUUGAGUCUAGUCCAGACCAGGAUUCAGACUAUGUUUUACGCAAUAUGAUGGUUACAGGGCAGCUGGGUCUAACAGAAAUCCACACAAGUCCUCCUACCAUUUUCAGGAAAUCAUGCAUCUUCAGAGAUUUCCUUUUUAAGUGUAUAGACAGUUCAGAAGUUGUUUUGGCCUCUGCUUGUGGGGAAACCCACAUAGUAAUUCCACUUCGUGAGAGGACAGGAGAGGCCCUGGGACUCCUCGAUGUUAACAUUGGCCACAACAGAAUGUUGUUAUACCAAGAAUAUAAAGAUCUACAGAAAAUGAUGAAGGUGAUCUAUGCAGCCUGCUCUGAAAUACUGGGUGAAUUCUCUGGAGAGAUGAAGAAAAACAUUAUCUUAGACAUUGAAAAAGCAGGAGAAGUCCAGCGGGCAGGAAUUCUCUUUUUUCGAAUCAUGCUGCAGGAGCUGCGGGAAUGCCUCCAACUACUCAAUUCCAUGGACUUUGUGUCACUGUUGCUCUAUGAGUAUGGACCUCAAGCAGAGCCAAAUUCUCCUCAAGACAGCAAGUCCCAGGAGUCUGAACCCAAUGUAACCCUAGUACAUGACAUCCUGAAAGGAGUUAUCCUAUUCUUUCAUCCAGAGUUGGAAUUUUCAGAUGACUUGGAAAAUUGGGAUAAGUGCAAAUUUUAUAUUAACAAAUACUUAGUGGAGCGUAUUUGUGCCUUUGACCCAACUGCUAGCCAUGUGAAAGUUAAUUUACAGCUCAUUGAUAAAAAGAUCAGAGCUCAUUCCCGAAUCAAAGUAUGGAAAUUUGGUAAUAUUGUCAUUGAACUUCUAUACCACUGGCUGCACAUCUGUUCAGCUCUCAUGAAGCUAAGCAAAAAACUAAACAGUGCUAUUACACCUCCAUUGCCCUCCAAGUCUGACAACUAUAUAUAUGCAAAAAUGCCAGAGGAAACUUUGCAAAGGAAAUCCUAGCAGAAUUUGUACUCUAUUUAGGAUACAGUACUUUGAUCAUAUUCACUGUUGUUAACUUUAAAAUAUUUUCAAGUGCAAAGGAAUGCCACACAGACAUAUUUGGCAGUAAUUUCUAAAACCACAAGCACUACCUAUGCAAAAAUUUUAUCUAAGAAAUAUCCAGUUAAGGUAGCCAUAACUGAAUGUAUUUAAGCGUAUUAUAAAAUGUUUGACGUUCCCUUGUGGUAUGAGCUUUGGAUAUGCCAUGAGACCACUAUGGUUGAUUGGGUAUUUUUCAUUCUUCUAAGGUACAAAUACAGAAAGCUGUGGAUUUAUUUUUAAAUG